CUGAGGUGUAUAAGAGGGCUUCACUGAACACAACUCAUCAUGUAACAACAGCUACAGUCCCUAUGACACUACCAACAGAGACAAGACAGCAACACAAGUGCUCAAACAACACAAGUAUGAAUUUGGAUGUGGCAAAACCUGAAGCAAAGACUGGCAGCAAAGCUCCCCUCAGGGUCCCCGGCCCUGGAUCUGGUCCACCCAAGUUCAAACAGCGGAGCAGCCGCCAGUUCAAGAGCAAGCCUCCCAAGAGGGGUGUUAUUGGUUUUGGAGAGGAGAUUCCAGGAAUGGAAGGACUUGGCACUGACAUCACUGUAAUCUGCCCAUGGGAAGCAUACAGCCACCUAGAGCUACAUGAACUGGCUCAGUAUGGUAUAAUCUGAGUGUCUUCACUGAGAUUUUUUUAUAUGUGUCUACCAAACAGAACUGACAAGUUUAGCAAGAGGAAUGUCAAUUACCAACCCAAUAUGAUUAAUAAAUAUUGGCUUUUUAAAAAAUGGUAAACCACAACCUGAAGAACCAACCUGCAAUUAGAUGCAGUCUUAUUGUUGAUUCUGUUCUUUACCGAAGUUGUUUUAUAUAUUAAAUGUAUUUUCAUAAGACUCUCAAGCUGCCAUUUUAAUGUCUGAUGCUGAAUGUGUCCAGUGUCAUUGCCUGAGGUUGCAAUGAGAGUUGUAACUGAAAGUUCAGUUACUCUCUGCGCAAUUGUCAGCAUAAUGUUUAUUCAAAGUCACCAUAAAGCUUGGAUUUUCUGCUUGUGUUUUCUUUCCUCUUUGCCAAAAGUAGUAUUUGUUUGUCCCUUUAAAAAAAAAGUACCAUAUGUGAAUACACAGUAAAGUAGCCCAAUUCAGGGUCAAUCAAAUCUUUCUGUUCCCAUGAAUUUAGCAUGCUACAUCCUGUGCAUUUUUGCUAAUACUAAAAGAAGAGAUUGACA